GCUGAUAACACACUUCCCACUCAGCAGUUCUCACAGUCCCCCUGUCCCCCUGAUUGCUCUCACUUCAGUCUUUCCUGGAUUGGGUUGAACAGAGCUGGUGGCCAAAGGCUUUUGCUGAGAAUGACUUUAGGAACAGAAAUUACUACCCAAAGCAAGGCCUCUUCAUAUGUAACAGUGGGCCAAAACCUUUUGAAGUGGGAUCUGUCACCAGAGCAAAUUAGAACAAGGACAGAAGAACUGAUCAGGAAAACAAAACAAGUGUAUGACCAUGUUGCAAUGCUUGAUACGGAAAAAGUAACAUAUGGAAACACAAUCCAGGCUUUGGCAGAUAUAGAAGUGGAAUAUGCAGUGGAAAGAAGCAUGUUGGAUUUUCCUCAGCAUGUCUCAUCCAACAAGGAAGUACGCUUAGCAAGCACAGAAGCUGACAAAAAGCUUUCUCAUUUUGAUGUGGAGAUGAGCAUGAGAGAAGAUGUGUUUCAGAAGAUUGUUUAUUUACAGCAAAAAUAUGAUCUUGAAAAUGUAAAGCCUGAAGCUAAGAGAUAUUUAGAUAAGUCAAUUAAAAUGGGAAAAAGAAAUGGACUCCAUCUUCCAAAAGAAGUGCAAAAUGAAAUAAAGACAAUGAAGAAAAAAUUGAGUGAGCUAUGUAUAGAUUUCAACAAAAACCUCAAUGAAGAAAACACAUUUCUUAUAUUUUCUAAGGAUGAACUUGAAGGUCUUCCUGAUGACUUCAUCAAUAGCUUAGAAAUGAUAGAGGAUGAGUAUAAAGUUACCUUAAAGUAUCCCCAUUAUUUUCCUGUUAUGAAGAAGUGCUGUAUUCCAGAAACCAGAAGAAAAAUGGAAUCUGCUUUUAAUACGAGAUGCAAAGAGGAAAACACUAAAAUUCUUCAGCAGUUGCUUCCCUUAAGGGCAAAAGUAGCAGAGCUUCUUGGAUACAACACACAUGCCAACUUUGUACUGGAGAUGAACACUGCAAAGAGCACAGAUAAUGUAACAACCUUUCUAGAUGAUUUAAGUAAAAAGCUAAAGCCUUUGUCUGAGGAAGAGAGAGAGUUUAUUCUGGAUGUGAAGAAAAAGGAGUGUAAAGAAAUGGGUUUUGAGUAUGAUGGAAGAAUCAAUGCAUGGGAUCUACAUUAUUAUAUGAUCAAGACAGAAGAGCUUAAGUACUCCAUAGAUCAGGAGAAAUUGAAAGAAUAUUUUCCAAUCGAAGCUGUUACAGAAGGCCUGUUGAAUAUAUACCAGGAGCUGCUGGGACUUGAAUUUGAGCAGGUAGACAAUCCUUGUGUUUGGCAUGAGAGUGUCACUCUUUACACAGUAAAGGACAGAUCAACGGGAGAAGUUUUAGGGCAGUUCUACUUGGACCUCUAUCCCAGAGAGGGGAAGUAUGGGCAUGCAGCAUGCUUUGGUCUCCAGCCUGGCUGCCUUCUCUCUGAUGGCAGCAGAAUGAUGUCUGUAGCUGCUCUGGUGACAAACUUUUCAGAACCGACUUCAGAUCGCCCAUCAUUGCUGCGACACGAUGAGGUGAAAACUUACUUCCAUGAAUUUGGCCAUGUAAUGCAUCAGAUAUGUGCACAGACUGACUUUGCAAGAUUUAGUGGAACUAAUGUGGAAACAGAUUUUGUAGAGGUUCCUUCACAGAUGUUUGAGAACUGGGUGUGGGAAAAAGAACCAUUACAACAAAUGUCAAAACAUUAUAAAGAUGGGAGCCAUGUUUCAGACACCCUCCUUGAAAAACUUGCUGCCUCUAGACUAGCUAAUACAGGUCUUUUAACCCUUCGUCAGAUUGUCUUGAGCAAAGUCGACCAGUCUCUUCACACAAAGCCUUCUUUUGACCCAGCAGAUGAAUAUGCCAGGUAUUGCGUGGAGAUUUUAGGAAUUCCUGCAACUCCAGGAACAAACAUGCCAGCUACUUUUGGACAUUUAGCAGGUGGAUAUGAUGGCCAAUACUAUGGAUACCUCUGGAGUGAAGUUUUUUCCAUGGAUAUUUUUUAUAGCUGCUUUAAACAAGAAGGAAUAAUGAAUCCAAAGGCUGGAAUGAAAUACAGAAAUCUUAUCUUGAAACCUGGAGGAUCUUUGGAUGGGAUGGAUAUGCUGUACAAUUUCUUGGGGCGUAAACCAAACCAGAAAGCUUUCCUGUUGAGUAAAGGCUUAUAUAUUCAGUAAAACUGUGGAUCCUUCACAAUGGCAUAUGAACAGGAUGGGAACUUGAAAUGUCAACCUAGUUCAUGCCUUUCUGUGCAACGAUGUCACAUCAUAGGAAAACAAAUCACUUUUAGGGUUUUUUAAUUAUUAUUGUAUAAAUAAUGUGUUUUUAAGUAACAGCUACAAAAGCCAAUGUUUUGGAAGAACAAGUUCCAAGAUACUGUGUUGAAGUUGAAACAUUUUACAGGUUGUUUUUUUAUUUGUGAAAUGUUGUGAAAUGAAAGUGAUUGAGUGGGAAAAACACACCUUUGAAUCUCUCUUUUUAAAAAAGACAUGUUUGGAUUAUGCUUUGUGAAUAAAUUUAAACUAUUAGAAAGAAAUACA